AUGAAAAAGAUCAAUCUCAUAAAGACUCUUUUGGACAAUCAAUUCCAGAUUAAAGAUCUAGGAGAACUUAAGUACUUUCUAGGCUUUGAAGUGGAUAGAUCUAAGAAAGGAAUACAUCUAUGUCAGAGGAAGUAUGCUCUUGACAUUCUUGAAGAAACAGGGAUGCUAGGAAGCAAACCUAGCUCUACACCCUAUUUGAGCAACAACAACUCUUUAUACAAAACAAAGGACUAUAUGGAUAAUCCCAGUGAUUAUCGAAGGCUGAUAGGGAAGCUAUUUUACCUUACUAAUACUAGACCGAAUUUAUGUUUUACAGUUAACCUUUUGAGUCAGUUUAUGCAGGAACCAACCAAGCACCAUUACCAGGCCUUGCAACAUAUUCUCAGAUAUGUCAAGUCAAGUCCUUCUGAAGGACUCUUCUUUGCUUCCGAUUCCAGUAUACAGGUAAAGGGAUUCAGCGAUUCGGACUGGGCCACCUGCCCCAAUACGAGGAGGUCCACUACUGGGUACUGCAUUUUCUUGGGUAGUUCUCUCGUCUUUUGGAGAUCGAAGAAGCAAACUAUUGUCUCGAGAUCUUCUACAGAGGCUGAAUACAGAGCUCUAACUGCCACGGUCUGUGAGAUGCAAUGGUUACACUAUCUCCUCCAAGACCUUGAAGUCAAACCGAUAGCUACGCCUGUCUUAUAUUGUGACAAUGACUCAACCAGGCACAUAGCUCAUAAUCAAAGCUUUCAUGAGCGAACGGAGUAUAUAGAGUUGAAUUGUCAUGUCGUAUGUGAGAAAAUACAAGCCAAGUUUCUUUAUUUGUUCCCUAUUCGGUCAGAAGAACAACUUGCAGAUGUUUUCACUAAAUUUCCUCACUGCACUUGUUUCAAAUCCAUUAUUCCCAAGCUUGGAAGAGUGAAUAUUCACCAUCCAACUUGA